AUGACAACUUUACCACUAGUACUUUUAAUAUAUGAUACGGUUGAGAUAAGUGGAUAUAUCGACAUCAACAAUCAGGAACAACAAUAUGAAAUGUCCUUGGUUAAAAGUUGGAAGGAUAAACAAAAGAGUUUUAUCAACGUUAUGACCAAUCUUCAGGAGGAGCGCGACAAAUUUGUCAGCAGUAGAGCCAAGCCAAUAGCUAUUGACAAGGAGGACGCAUUGAAUUUAGCAGCUCCAAUCCUGGAACAACUUAAUAUCAAUAAGACUAUUUUCGAAUCUAUGGUUUCCAAAAACAAUCAAAAUGUUGCAAAGGUAUUGAGUUGGGAACUGGAAAAUUCAUAUAUUCUUUCAUUGGGAUUAAACAGUAUCGAGGAUUUGGGAAGAAAAUCUUCUGAUGUCAUGAAUGGAGUUUUUGCUUUUGGGUUAAAUGAACGUUCACAAUUGGCUACCGGAGGAACCAAAACAAAGUUUGUCCCAACAUUUGUAAAUGGAUUUAGAGGUGCAAAAAUUGAGCAAAUCGCACUAGGAUAUUUUUCAGCCUACGCAAUUGAUUCAUCAGGAAAACUAUGGAGCUGGGGUGCUAACGAUCAAGGUCAACUGGGGGAUAGAACUUGGGAUGAAAAAAACAGGCCUUUUUCUGUUUACAGGUAUGCAGCCUUAAUGAAUCAAACUAUGGUUAGGGUUUGUGCUGGUUUUAAGCAUGCACUUGUAUUGUCGAAUACCAAUAGACUGUAUUCAAUGGGUUACAAUGGAUGGGGACAACUUGGUACUAAUAACAAUGUAUCUCAAGGAGAACCUAUUGAAGUUAUAACAAAACAUAUCAAUGAAACAAUUACUGAUAUUCAAUGCGGAUAUGGACACAACUUGAUUCUAACUACAAGUGGAAGAGUCUAUUCAUGGGGUCUUAAUAAUUAUUACCAAGUUGGAGAUAACUCAACCACUAACAGAUUACUUCCAAAGAUUUUAUCUCAAUUUGGACCAAACACUACUUGUUUUGCCACAAUGAUACACACGAAAGCUUUCCAUAAUUUUGUUUAUUGCAAAGAUAGAACUCUAUAUUCUUGGGGUAAGAGUGACGCUGGUCAGACAGGUACUGGCUUAACUAAUUCCAAUGUUCUUGUUCCUACCAAAGUCUAUUAUUCAUUCCAACCAGUGGUUGACAUAACUAGUAAUGAAGAUAAUAGUUAUUUAUUCCUAGCAGAUGGGACAGUUAUGGCUGUGGGUUAUUGUUCUAAUAUUGAAAUAUUUGCUGGAAGUUCUUGCUAUGACACAAAACCAUACCAUUGGACCGGAACGCCAAUCUCUAAAAUUUAUUCUCUUAGUCCAAGUGGAAAGUUUGUUAGAAUGAAUAAUCAUGUCACCAUGACCUUGCCAUGGUAUAUGAGGAAGAUGACUUACUUUGAUUUGGGUGAGAUUGGUUAUUUGUUAAAAGCUGAUGACACAGUGCCAUCACUUGUAAAUAAUGGAUUCAGCAUGUACACUAGAAACAUCUCUAAAAAUGAAAAUGUUUGGUCGAUGAUAGAGUAUAAUAUCACAUCAAAUGAGGGAUUCCCAGAUUCAAUUCAUAACUCUCACUUUUUCAAACACAAUGAGGAAAUGUACUUGUUUGGGGGAAUUGUUAACAAUAACGUGUCAAAUGCAAUUUACAAAUGUCCUCUAUAUGAUUUGAAACAAUGGGAAAAGACUCCAUUUUCUCUCCCAGUCCCUGUUGCAUCGGGUAUGAUAAUGCAAUCUGGUGAUUAUGUUUAUAUAUUUGGUGGCAUUUCUAGAAUAUUCAGUUAUAGACCACUGACAGAUAUUGAGGACCCUUCCAAUGUCCCAAGCUUCACUCCAGUUAUAUUAGACACUAUCAUGAGGGCUCCAUUGUCAAAUAUUACACAAUUCGAGAUUGUAAAUGGUUCUGUCAUUCCUGUGCCAUUGUAUUCUGCAUUUAUUGAAGUUGUUGGUGAUUACAUUUAUCUAUUUGGUGGUUCCACAACAUUUGAGUCAUCUUCAUUCAACAUUUUUAGAGCUACUACAGAAAAUCCAUUGAAGUGGGAAAUGACAUUUGGUUUACUUCCAUACUAUAUGACAAGUUCAGGAAUAAUAUCCUCCCAAGGUGGUUAUAUAUAUAUUUACGGUGGAUCCAACACAACCGAUGGCAACGCUGGUCCAUAUUUUGCCGUUGCAGAAAAGGAAGAUCCAGUUGGGUCAUGGAUGGCUGUAUAUGAUGGGGAAAACAGAACCUCAGAAUGGUGCAAGCAAAACCCAUUUUUCUGCGUAUAUUGUAACAAUUUUCAAGCAUCCAGCAAAUCUGUUUGCUCCUCCAAAGGAGUUUGUGUGGAUUAUGAUACAUGCCAAUGUGAAUAUGGCCAUUUUGGUAAAUUCUGUGAAUUGGUGGGUGUUGUUUCUAUUAAUGGAUUAAGAAGAUAUGCAGAUGGAACAUUUGCCAAGAACUGUGCAGAAUAUAGUAAUCCAACAAAUUCUUCAAAAACAUAUCAAGGUAUGACAGGUAGAGGUCUUUAUCUUAUUCAAGGAUCAUUAGGAUUUCCUCCACUAGCUGUAUUCUGUGAGCAAGAAACCUCCAGUUUCUCAAGACAUGACAUCUAUACCAUUCCUUUGUCGUUGUAUUGGAAUACGAACUAUUCUAAUUCAAUACCAUCCCGAAUGUAUAGCAACAGUUACUGGAGCAAUGAGUAUAUAUCCACUAGUAAUGUUUCUAUCUGGAGUACAGAUGGCUCGGUGUAUAGUUACUGUCUAUCAUCAGACAAUAACGUACCAACUGGAAAGCUUUAUUGCUUCUCUGCUCCUAAUCUUGGUGUUACUUGCAACUAUGCAGGAGUUUGCGUUGAUGGACAAUGUUUUUGUGGGCCUUCUCGUUAUGGACCUUCCUGUUCAAUUGUUGGUAUAGUUGGAUGUGGUGAAGGAAGGAAAUUUGCUGAUUUUACCUAUGCCAGAACGUGCCAAGAUUAUAGAUACCCAACAAACUCUAGCAGAGUCUAUGGUGGUAAUGUUGGUGAUGGUGUUUAUACUAUCCAACCAGAUCCAUCAGUAGCUCCGUUCAACGUGUAUUGUGACAUGACCACUGAUGGAGGUGGUUACACACUUGUUAAUAAGAUUGCAACUGGUCAACCAUAUGGACCUGCAGAUGUUUGGAAUUCAAAGAUCAAUAUUAGGGGAACAUUGGACAAGUAUACUCCAGAUACAGUAUUAAUAGGUGACCUCUUGAAUUAUUGGAGUUCGUUUGGUACUGUAAAGAUCGAAAUUAACAAGGACUCAGCAAUGCAACACUAUAUUCUAUUCAACGUAGCAGGUACUGAUUUCAAAAAUUGGUUUACACCUCAGAAAAUACAAUCUUCCUCUUACGGAUUAAGCUCUUAUGUUAAUAGCUAUACUGCUUUUACCAUGCAAUUGACUGGUCCUUCAAUAACUCCAAGGCAUUUCAUAAUUCAAUAUGGUUUUGGUGGUUGUGGUAGUGAAAGAGAUUGGCUCAGUGUAAUUCACUCCUCUGAUGGGUGCAAUGGCAAUAAUUGGACUUAUUUCCCAUAUGGAUAUGCCAUUAGAUAUACAAAAGAAACUAUUGGAUACAAUACCUACUUGUCAACAAGUUUAAUUGCAGAUACAUUGACAAUCAUGGUAAAAUAA